GAAGCAACGAGAGAGAGAGAGAGAGAGAGAGAGAGAGAGAGAGAGAGCUUUGUCUCCUCCUUGGCUGCCAUUGCCAUGUUUUCCAUCGCUGCGAUCAAUGACACGGAUUCCAGCGCUUCUUGGGAGCCCCUUGCGCCGACGAAGGAAGCCCAGGAAUUUCAUGUUACUCAGACUUAUCAUGAAGGACUUCUUAAAUUGCAAGCUAAGGAUUAUGCAAAAGCCCGCGAACUCUUUGAAACUGUUUUAAAAGAUCCUCUGAUUUCAAGUUCUCAGGUUUACAAUAAUGCUACUGACAACCAUCUGUUACAAUUAAGGUUUCUGACAUUAAAGAAUCUUGCCACUGUUUUCCUUGAGCAAGGAUCCACCCACUACGAGAGUGCUCUUCGCUGCUAUCUUCAAGCUACAGAGAUUGAUGCUAAUGAUUCAGUUGUUUGGAAUCAAUUGGGAACACUGUCCUGCACAAUGGGUUUAUUGAGCACUUCACGAUGGGCCUUCGAGCAAGGGCUUCUAUGUAGCCCUAAUAAUUGGAACUGCAUGGAAAAACUCUUGGAGGUACUCAUUGCUAUUGGGGAUGAAGUUGCAUGUCUUUCUGUAGCAGACCUGAUACUAAGACAUUGGCCAUCACAUUCUCGUGCUUUGCAUGUCAAGAACACUAUUGAAGACAUGGAGCCAGCACCAUUUGCACCUCGUGGGAUUGACAAAUUAGAGCCAAAGCAUGCCAGACUUAAAUUUUCUGAAAAGAGAAAAGCAGAAGAUGAUGAAGUAGAUGGGGAUACUAUGCUGAAGAAGCAUAAACAAAACAUUGAGGUGGAGUUGGCUGGGGCAACCUGGACAGCUCUUGCAGGUGCAGUCCUGGGCAUUAUUCGUUUGAUUAGUGGGGAGGUUUCUGUGCCUGGAUUUGCACAGGAUUCUGGUAAUGAGAUGACAGAACAAGCUGCAUGCAAACAAGCAGAUGUUCUUUCUGGUGACACUAACACAGAGAAUGGAAACUUAGACACUAGAAUUCGUGAAAAAUGUGGAAGGCUCACAAACAUUAACAUAGAAUUAUGCUUACCUGCCAGUUCAAAAAUCCUAGCUGACACAUCAGAUGGGAAAGGACAUGUUGUGUCCCCGGUUAGCACAAUCACCUCACCUAACUGUAAUGGCUUUCGAAAAACAGGUAUAUUGAAUGAAAAAGAAAUCUGUGCAGAGAAGGAACAGCAUCAAGAAAGGCGAAGUACACGUCUUGAACGGCUUAGAAGUCGAAAAUCUGGGAAAGAAGACAUGGAAUUUGCAAAUACAAAGGAUCUUGAAAAACUUGUUUUCCAGUUUUUAGACCCAUUUAUUCUUAGUAGGUCAGAAACUAAGAACAGCAAAUAUACUGGUAUCUUAGAUAAUGCUUGCCCUGAGAUGCCUGCAUACUCUUCUGUCCAGGAAUACAAUGAUGUUGUGCAAUUCAUAUCUGAGACUUCACAGAACCUUGGUGCUUGCCACAUAGGUCAUUUGUUUUUGGAGAGGGUUGCUCAUGGAAAUAUCCCCUUCCAAGAGAAUUUUGAUAAGUUUCUGCAAUUGGAGAAACUGAUUAGGCACUGGGGACAGGACAGGACACCAUUAUGUAGUCUAUUUCUUGCUGAACUAUGUUAUGACCAGGGACAAUCAUUUGCUGAUGAAUCAAAGCGAUUAGAGUUAUAUACCGAUGCUUCUUAUCAUCUCUGCAAAGUAAUCGAAUUGGUAGCUCUCGAUUCUUCAAAUGACUUGUUUAGACCAUGGAGCCAAGUGAACAAUUCAAUGAACAACAUGGCAAUGGGUGGUACUGAUCAAACAGGCUCUCUUCUAAAUCAGCAAACUAUAAAUUCAAAUACAUCUUUGUCUGAUCAAGCUCAGGAUGGAAGCAUGUUAAUUGUUAAGGAUUCCCUCUCUCAAGAGUUCAGUGAUCAAGAUUGUAUUUCAAUUAAUGAUGACAUUUUCUGGGUCCGUUUCUUUUGGCUUAGUGGUCAUCUAUCUAUUUCUGGCUGUGUGGAGAAAGCACUCAGUGAGCUCGGCAUUUGCUUAUCAUUGUUGAGAAACAUCAAGAAAAUGAAAGAGACUUCAGGUGUUUUACUGCCCCAUUGUAGGUUUGUGAGAAUCCUUACUAUAGACAGAGUACUUCGUGAAAUUAACUUAUUGAAACUAGAAGCAUUUGCUAGAGAGACCACAAACAAAAUGAUGGAGAAAAAAAUGUAUAAAGAUUGCAUUGAGCUGCUUGCCCCGCUUUUACUUUCCACAAAGGAUGUUUUCCUUGAUGAAAUGGUUGGUGCUCCAAAAGAAAUUGAAAGGCUUGUAAAUGUGGAGUUAUCAGCAUUAGAUGUUCUCCUUUUGGCCUGUGAGAAGGUAGAACCAAUGGAUAUCCAUGUGUACCUGACCUCUUUUCGACGGAAAUUGAUUGUACUUUGUAUUGCAGCUGGUAUGGUAGGUCCUAAUGCAUUAGAAAAAUGUAAAUUUUUUUUGCCAAAUGUGGCUUCGGCUUUUGAUUUAGACCACAGAGACGCGAUAAGCAAGCAAUGGAUACAGAUGGUAGCUGAAGAAAUGAAAAAAAUAUCUCGAGGUGCUUCACAAGUAAAGAAUGCUCUUGAUCAGCUUGGUACUUAUGAUGGCUUCAAAGACCUAGUGUGUGUGAUUGGAGAAAUUCAGUCUCUUAUUCUGAAUGUAAUGUGUGGUGCUGUGAAAUUGAUUCUCAGCCAGAAAGCUCCUAAUUCAAGCGCCUCAAAGCAAAUGGAUCAAAUGGAGAUCUGGUGCCUUAUAGAUGCAGCAAUUGCUUUCUGCAAACUGCAACAUCUUGAUCCCUCUGUUCCUGUCAAAACUCAGGUUGAUUUAAUUGUGGCAGUUCAUGAUUUGCUUGCGGAGUAUGGACUCUGCUGUGCUGGUAGAGACAGCGCGGGGAAGGAAGGUUCAUUUCUGAAGCUGGCAAUCAAGCAUCUUCUGGCUCUCAGUAUGAAACUAAAAUCACUAAAUGGUAGGUUAGAAUCAGAGGCAAAUCAAAAGGAUGUAUCAGUUUCUCAACCUGACCAUGAGAAAACAGUUGUUACUGAAUCAAGGCUAAGCCCUGUGUUGGAAAUUCCUGCAAAGAGGAAUGAGGAAAUAGCACCUCUGAACAGUGAUGCUUCUAAAGGUUUGAGUGAGGAACAAAUUUUAACCUCUGAAGAACAGUUUAAUUUAAAUCUUGACAGUAAAAAUGAUAAGGGUGCUCAGUCUGAUACUGCUUUAAAGCAGAGUGAUGUUCCUGCUGAUGUAGAAGAGCUAGAGAAGGUGGAAUUGGGAAUUGAUAAUGCUUUGGACCAGAGCUUUUUAUGCUUAUAUGGACUUAAUAUCAAUCCAGAUUCCUAUGGUGAAGAUGACCUUGCCAUACAUAAAAACACUAGCCAUGGAGAUUAUCAAACUAAGGAACAAUGUGCUGAUGUGUUCCAGUACAUUUUACCAUAUGCAAAGGACCUAUCAAGAGCUGGCUUGGUUAAAUUAAGAAGAGUAUUGAGGGCUAUACGCAAACACUUUCCGCAACCACCUGAUGAAAUUAUGGCUGAAAAUGCAAUUGAAAAAUUCUUAGAUGAUCCUAAUUUGUGUGAGGACACCCUUGCUGAAUUACCUAGAUCAGGUAUAAGUCGGGAGCCCAUCUUAAAUAUAUUGUUUGCUGAUGGAAGAGGGCCUGAAUCAUUCAAGACUUCAUUAACUGCAAGCACUCAGCCAUACAAUGAGGUGUAUGGUAACUUGUAUUAUCUUAUGGCUCAAGCUGAGGAGACAAGUGCUACUGAUAAAUAUCCUGGCUUUGUACUUAAGAAAGAAGGGGAAGAGUUUGUUCAAGUUAAUGCUAAUCUUUUUAAAUAUGAUUUACUGUACAAUCCUCUGCGGUUUGAGAGUUGGCAGAAGCUUGCAAAUAUUUAUGAUGAGGAAGUGGACUUGUUACUGAAUGAUGGAAGUAAGCACAUCAACAUCAUGGAUUGGAGAAAGAAUUCUUCCUUGACUCAGAGAGUUGAAUGUGGUCGAAGACGAAGUCGCCGAUGCUUACUUAUGAGUCUGGCCCUUGCUAAGACUCUAGAUCAACAGAGCCAAAUACAUGAAUUGUUGGCUUUAGUAUAUUAUGACAAUAUCCAAAAUGUAGUGCCACUUUAUGAUCAAAGAUCUAUACUACCAACAAAGGAUGCAACAUGGAUGAAAUUUUGUCAAAACUCAAUGAAGCACUUUGAGAGGGCUUUUGCGCUCAAACCUGAUUGGAUUCACGCAUUUUACCUUGGAAAGCUCUGUGAAAAGAAGGGAUUUGCAUCAGAGAGAGCAUUAUCCUACUAUAGCAAAGCUGCAUCUUUAAAUUCUUCUGCGCUUGAUCCUGCAUAUAGGAUGCAUGCAUCUCGCUUGAAGUUACUCUACACUCAGGGUAAAGAGGACAUAAACAUUAUCCAGGUUGUUGCUGCAUACGCCUUCAGCCAAUCAGCGAAAGAGGCAGUUUUGAAUAUGUUUAAGUGGAGCAGUCAAGAUCCUCUGCACUCAGCUUCACAUGAGAAGGAUGCAUGUCUUUCAGAUGAUCAGAAGAAUGAAGAGAAAAAAAUUGAACCUCAUCUGUUGGAUGAAGCUUGGCACAUGCUUUAUGAUGAUUGUCUCUCAGCACUUGAAAUUUGUGUGGAAGGGGAAUUGAAACAUUUUCACAAGGCUAGAUACAAGCUUGCUCAGGGACUGUAUAAAAGGGGUGAGGGUACUGACCUGGAAAGGGCAAAGGAUGAACUUUCCUUUUGUUUUAAGUCAUCUCGAUCUGCUUUUACAAUUAACAUGUGGGAGAUUGAUGGUACUGCUAAAAAGGGGAGGAGGAAAAAUCCGGGCCUUGGUGGAAAUAAAAGGGUCCUGGAGGUCAGCUUGUCCGAAAGUUCUCGGAAAUUUAUUACUUGUAUCCGGAAGUACAUAUUGCUGUACUUGAAUUUGUUGGAGAAGACAGGAGAUUUAUGCACUCUUGAGAGGGCCUACAUUUAUCUCCGAACAGAUAAGAGGUUCUCUUUGUGUCUGGGAGAUAUUGUUCCAAUUGCCCUCGGAAAGUAUAUUCAACUCUUGUCAUCAAUUAUCCGUAAUGCUGAAAGUCAUGGCUCAUCUGAUAAAAUCAUCUCUCAUGAGCAAAUGCUAGAUAGGAUGUUUACGACAUUGAUGGAUCACGUGCACCUAUGGUCAGAUAUAAGUAAUAUGCCUGAGGUGAACUGCCCAGAUUUAUCAGAGAGCAACCUCUGUGGUUAUAUCCACCAAUACAUUCACUUGUUGGAGAGUGACACUCGAUCAGAUACACUUGAAGCAGUACACGAGAAGAUCCGCAAACGUUUCAAAAACCCAAAAUUAUGUUCUGUUAACUCUGCUAAAAUAUGCAAGCAUGCAUCUUUGGCCUGGUUCCGUUCUAUUCUAAUGAAGUUGGUCUCCAUCACACCAUUGCCUGAUUCAGAGCAUGUAAGUGAUCAAGUUAAUGAUCCAGAAAAUGAACUACUUUAUGCUGAUCUUGAACCUGAUGAACUCUUGAGUUCAUCUGUGGAAGGGGCUCAUUCUAAGGGCAUAGAUAUGAAUUGGUACGAGGCUCUAUCAAAAAUCAAAAAUAUCCAAAUCAGGCAAGCAUCAGAAGAAAACAUAGAAGCUGCAUCUGCUUUAAUGAGAUGUUCCUAUAAUUUCUAUCGUGAGAGUUCUUGUGGUGCUCUCCCAUCAGGUAUUACUCUAUACUUAGCUUCAUCAUCGAAGGUUCCAGAGGGAGGCAUACAUCAAAUAAGAGAUGGCAACCUUGGCAUGAGUGUCCUUGACCUGAGUAUCCCAAGAAAGCUUCUUUUGUGGUCAUACACACUUGUGCAUGGCCGUUACUCAAACAUCUCUGCAGUCGUAAAAUUCUGUGAAGAUAAUGCAAAGUCAAGGUUGAGAAGGGGAAUUGCAACAUAUUCUGUUGGGCAGCCUGCAAGUGUAACCACAGGUUACAAUCAUCCAGGUGGAGGCAGAGAAAGAAAUGAUCGAGAUGAGUACGGUGAUUCUGAGGAUAAUCCAUCCAGUACGCCACCAUCAUCUUCACAUCAGGAGGAACCAAUGCAUGCCUCUACUUCUCUUGGUGCCAUUGAACCUGGAAAACAUUUUGAUACUGGUCCCCAACUCCAAAAGUGCAGCUCAUCCAAAUCAAUUGAAAAUGUGCAAGAAGAGUGCAAAGGAAAACCUGCUGAUUAAAAUAUUAACAUUACUUUCAAUUAUGUAUAUUUAUUUUUGCUCCUGCAUCUGUAGAAUGAGAGAGCUGAUCAAUCAAAAGGUGAAGGUGAUUUUGGUA